AAUUAUGAUAGGAAAGUACUUAAUCAUACCCGACUAUAAAUUAGUAACCCAUUUUAAGGAAUCUUUUUAGACGCUUCACCCUAAUACUACAAUAAUUUAAGCAUUGCUCGCAACAUCAUGGAACCGAAAAAUUUGCUUACACCGGUACUGGGUCUACUGUUAAUUGCGAAUUAUGUGACUGCCAUUCAAUGGGACUACGAGUUUGGUAAAAAGAACGAAUACACUGCUGGGCUUAUCGAAAAGGAGGGCGAAAUUGGAUCAUUCUCGUAUCGCAAUUCUUAUAAGUUGGACGUGCCGGAAUUAUCUGUGGUCACACAUAUCAGAGUAACAGUAUGGUCUCUCAGCCCACCAAAAGUGGAUUACGAUUGGAACACUAACACUGUAUCCAUCGUUUACUCUUUCAUACAAAUUACAAUCAGCACAUUCAAAAUUCACGUCGAGGGUAUUCCCUACAUUGUUAAAGAAAUAAAGGGUUAAUAGGGUUAAAAAUAUAUUUCAUCUCGUCAGUUUCUUCAUCUACAUAUCGACCGAAAGACAUCCACUAACAAAUAAUUCUUGCGAGGAUCUCCACAAUGACGGUCGUAUGCUGAUUUUGAUCAAGUUAACGGUCCUUCCAGUUUAAGAACUUUACACAAUGGCUAUGGUCACCUAAUCACCAUGCAACCUGGACAACGGCUCGUAAUCAUAGUUUGGUAAUUAUUUUAAAAUGAAUGGAGUUUUAAAUACACGAAAUAAUUGCCGCCCUCAAAACCCCGGGUAAUAUAAUGCCUUCCACUAGCCACUAGCAACUUCGGGUGAUGUCAAUACAUCCGUAGUUCUGAAGAUCUACUCACUCAAAUUCGAUAUCGUGUGUAGCUGCACUGCAGUAAGAGCCACGGGUCUUCUUGUGAAGUCCUUUGUACGCGACAAUUUUUUUUUUUUUUCUGAUGUAUAUAUUUUUCACCAUAUUGAGGUGUACCUGAGAUUAAGGUGCAAGAUUAAGCAUGUCUUUGACGUCGGCUGUGGGUACACAGUCAUUAUUUGGGUUCAUUAAAGGCGUUUAAACAUUGUA